AUAAUGCAUCGGGAUCUCAUUCAGAGGCACGUGUGGAUUUCACCUGUUUGCUUUAUCCUGUUCGAGAACAUGGACGUGUACUGAGCGGUGCUGGAGUUGAUAGACCGGGGGUCAUGGAAGGAGCCAAAGGUCAUGGGGCCACAGCCUCAAACUAUCAAUAAAUAGAUAAAAAUCCCUUUUAGCUGAGGCAGGUUUUUGGAGAGUAUUUCCUUGUAUCUGUUGUAUUUGCGACCAUGGGAAACGCAGCAGGGAACCUGGAGCUUCCUCAGGGGAAGGAGGGCUCCACAGGACCCCCGAGACAAAUGGGGAUCAAACUACCGAUGCCAACCGAGGAGGAACUGGAGCAACGCUUCAGCGAAGUGCUGAGCACGAUGAAUCUUCCUCCAGACAAGGUGGAGAUCCUCAGUCACUACGACAGCGAGAAGAAGUGGGAUCUGAUCUGUGACCAGGAGCGGUUUCAAGUGAAGAAUCCCCCAUCGGCGUAUCUGGAGAAGCUGAAGAGCCACCUGGAUCACGGGGGGGUCGGACGGAAGUUUAAGAGACGCGUCCAGGAAUCCACGCAGGUCCUCAGAGAGCUGGAGAUCUCCCUGAGGACCAACUACAUCGGUUGGGCUCAGGAGUUCCUGAACGAGGAGAACCACGGCUUGGACGUCCUGGUGGACUAUCUGUCCUUCGCCCACAGUGCCGUCACGUACGAGGCGGACGCCUUGGAGGACGGCACGCCGCCCGCCGACAAGAAGUCCGUGGAGGAUCUGAGCAGAAGUGCCAGUAACUCACCGACUCACAGCGGCUCCAAGGCCAGCAAGGCCUUCACAGUGAGGAAGGGGAGGAGCUCCCGGGUGUCGGGUCAGCGUGACGAUGUUCACCUGUGCAUCAUGUGUCUACGUGCCAUAAUGAAUUAUCAGUCUGGGUUCAACCAGGUGAUGAAGCAUCCCCACUGUGUCAACGAGAUCACGCUCAGCCUCAACAACAGAAACCCCAGGACGAAGGCGUUGGUGCUGGAGCUGCUGGCCGCCGUAUGUCUGGUGAGAGGAGGCCAUUACAUCAUCCUCUCCGCCUUCGACAGCUUCAAAGAGGUGUGUGGAGAGAGAAGUCGGUUUGAGAAGCUCAUGGAGUAUUUUGGCCACGAAGACAACAACAUUGACUUCAUGGUGGCGUGCAUGCAGUUCAUCAACAUCGUGGUCCACUCGGUGGAAAACAUGAACUUCAGGGUCCACCUCCAGUACGAGUUCACUCAGCACGGGCUGGACGAUUUGCUCGAGAGGUUAAAGUUCACGGAGAGCGACCGGCUGCUGGUGCAGAUCCAGGCCUACCUGGACAAUGUGUUCGAUGUGGGCGCUCUGCUGGAGGACGCCGAGACCAAGAACGCUCUGCUGGAGCACAUGGAAGAGCUGCAGGAGCACAACACACUGCUAAGCUCCAGGCUGCAGGAGAGCGAGAGGGAGGCCGCGCAGAAAGCGUCCCAGAUGGAGAAGAAGCUCCUCCAGGCCACCAAGACGGCGGAGCUCCUGAAGGAGAGCCUCCAGGAAUCCCGCCUCCAGGUGACUCUCCUGCAGCAGCGAGAGAGGGAGAGAGAGCUGCAACGUGAGCGGGAGAGAGAGGGGGAGAUGGAGAGGGAUCGAUCCACCGAGGCCCUGAGGGAGCUGGAGGUCAAAGUUCAGGCUCUGGUGGAGCGGGGCCUGCUCCGACUGGAUCGAUCCUCCUCGGGACACCUGGACGUCCAGGUGGUCCAGGCAGAGACGCAGAAAGAGACGAGCAGUGAAUCCAGGGACGAAGGCGACUCGGGUAAGAAGCAGGAGGCGUGUCCUCUCCCCCCUGCGGUGGUGCAAGCUCCUCCACCACCACCUCCUCCUCCGCCUCCUCCUCCUCCAGCGGCUCCACCUUCAUCAGGAGAAGGGACUGGUCUCAAGAAGAAGAAGCCGAUUCAAACCAAGUACCAGAUGCCGCUGUUGAACUGGCAGCCGCUGAAGUCCAACCAGGUGGCAGGUACCAUCUUCAGCGAGCUGGACGACGACCAAGUUCUCCAGGAGCUGGACAUGGCGACUUUUGAGGAGCAGUUCAAGACCAAGGCCCAGUCGGCCCCCGUGGAGCCGGGGACUCUGAAGAUGAAGCCGGUCCACAAGCCCCCCAGCCGGGUGUCUCUGAUGGAGCCCAACAGGGCCAAGAACCUGGCCAUCACACUGCGCAAGGAAGGAGUGGCCGCCUCCGACAUCUGCUGCGCCAUCGAGACGUACAACCUGAGAGCUCUAAGCCUGGACUUCCUGGAGCUGCUGGAGCGCUUCAUCCCCUCGGAGUACGAGACCAAGCUGAUCCACGGCUACGAGUGUGAGGGCAGGCCCCUGGACGAGCUCGCCGAGGAGGACCGCUUCAUGCUGCGCUUCAGCAAGAUCCCGCGGCUCCGCCAGCGAAUCAGAACGCUUACCUUCAUGGGCAACUUCCCCGAGAGCGUGCAGCUGAUCCAGCCGCAACUAAACGCCAUCAUCGCCGCCUCCAUGUCGAUUAAAUCCUCCGGCAAGCUGAAGAAAAUCCUCGAGAUCAUCUUGGCAUUUGGGAACUUCAUGAACAGCAGCAAGCGAGGAGCCGCGUACGGCUUCCGCCUGCAGAGCUUGGACCUGCUGUUGGACAUCAAGUCUACGGACCGGAAACAGACGCUGCUUCACUUCAUGGUGGGCGUCGUGCAGGAGAAGUACCCCGAGGUCCGCUGCUUCUUCAGCGAGCUGCACUUCCUGGAGAAGGCGGCGCAGGUCUCCCUGGACAGCGUCCUGCAGGACGUUGGCGCUCUGGAGCGCGGCAUGGAGGUCACCAGGAGGGAGUCCUCGGUGGAAGGAGACAGCCCCGUGCUGCAGGACUUCCUCAGCAGGAACGCCGCGCCGCUUCGCUCGCUCGCCGCCGACGGAAGAACCGCCCAGGAUGUUUACGACUCGGCCGUGGAGUACUUCGGGGAGAACUCCAAGACGACGCCGCCCUCAGUCUUCUUCCCGGUUUUUGUCAGGUUCAUCCGGGCGUACCAGCAAGCGGAGCUGGAGAACGAGCAGAGGAUGAAGGUCCCGAGCGCUGAAGCUCCAUCAACUCCACCCGAAGUCACGGGCAAAAGGGUCGGUGCGGCGUCCAGACCGCCUCAGACGGAUCUGAUAGCGGAGCUGAAGAGGAGGCAGGUGUCUCCCCUGGUGAGGGAGGGCAAGGACGGAGCCAUCGAGGACAUCAUCACAGCUCUUAAGUCUGUGCCCUUCACAGCUCGCUCUGCCAAACGUUCCUCGCGGCUCUUCUGCGACUCGGUCUUCAGUGACGAGAUUUAAGGAAUCAGCCGUACAGACGGACGGACGGAGGCAGACGAAGCUUCAAAUGGACACCAGGACAACAGCUGCACGUGUCCUCAGACAUCUCCCUCUGAGGACACCACCGGGC